CACAAUUCGCAUUCUCGAAGCUUGACCCCGCGACAAGCCGCACGAUCUACCACUGGCACGUCUCGAAGGACUAGCCGAUGACGUCUUAGACUCUACUGAACGCGUUCGAGAAAGCACGCGUCACAGGCAAAUGAUUGCUUGCAUAAAGGAACGUCAGGCGAAUCUCAUCUAUAGGCAUAAGUAUUCGAAGUCCAACAAAUGCGUCCAUUCACAACUACACGAACCUGCAACACAGCGCUCAGACAGUUAUCGAAGCCCACAGUCUCGCAUAUAUCCAGAUUCACAACAUCAGCCAGAAUGUCUUCCGCUGAAGCUGUACCCGGCAUUCCCAGCCAAUCUUCCUCCUCCCUUAACAUCGAGAACACCGACAUCCAAACUGCUUCUGGCGUCACUCUUUCCUCGCAACAACAGACUGUCGUUGGCUCAAUCCUCGAUCUCUUCGCUGGCCGCCCCUCGCUGAAGAAACUUGCUCUGUGGCGCGACGACGCAACGUUCGAAGAUCCCAUCACCAUUGCCCAGGGCCGCGACAAGUACCAGGCGCAAUGGUACGGAUUGCAGAGCGCAUUCAGUAAGAUCGAGAGACAGCAUCAUAGCGUCACGGAUGCUGGAAACCCAAUCUUAAUGGACAUGAAGACAAAGUAUGUAGUUAAGGGAAUUGGAAUGGAGCAGAUAGUCAGCAGUGUUGUGGCUAUUCACCUCGAUGGGGAAGGAAAGAUCCAGAAGGUUGAGGAUAAGUGGAACGGCAAACUGCCGGAAGGCGCGAUCGCAAAUGCCUUCCGCCACCUCAACGCUGUGACUGUGCCGAAAUUGAUCAAUGUACCCAAGAACGACAAGGAGGAUGCUGAGAGGGGAAACUAGGUUAUCGUCUCGCGAGAGUAAGUUGCUAGUCUA